UGUAUAGUGAGAGCUCACUGAUAGUCUUCAUCAUGACCAUCAUCAUCAUCUCUCUGCUCCUGCUGGUUUCUCUGGUGCCAGACCUGACCUUCACUGCUCGUGUGGGUAUAGAGGACGGCACUGAAGCAAAACCUCACUCCAGACCUUACAUGGUUUCUCUUCAGAAAAAUAGCAAAAAUAGCUGUGGGGGAUCCCUCAUUACUGAAGAGUUUGUCUUGACUGCUGCACAUUGCUGGAAAAAAGGUGAUGUCAUCACUGUUGUGGUUGGCGCCCAUGAUUUGAGUGAAAAUGAAACUUACGACUCCUUUGAAGUGACAUCAUACAUCCCACAUCCAGAAUUUAGUUGGCAGAAUUAUGAAAAUGACAUCAUGCUUUUGAAGUUGAACAAAAAAGUCACACUGAGCAACAACGUUGGACUGAUAUCAUUACCAAAAAAUGGAGAAGAUGUCAAAGAAGAUGCUGUCUGUAGUGUUGCUGGCUGGGGAAGAUUGUGGCUUAAUGGCCCAAGACCUGAUCGUCUAAUGGAGGCAGAGACAGUCAUAGUGAGCGGUGAAGAGUGUAAACGCAGAUGGGAAUCUCUUUUUAAGCCAUCAAAGAUGUUCUGUGUUUAUGGCCAUGGUGGAACCUGCAAAGGGGAUUCAGGAGGUCCUUUGGUUUGUGGAGAACAUGCUGUUGGGGUCACAUCCUUUAGUGACCGUUACAGCUGUAAUUCACGUUUGCUUCCUAAUAUGUAUACUAAGAUUUCAGCAUAUCUUUCCUGGAUCCAAAAGAUAACUGGAAAGGUUUAAUGAAGUCAUGAAAAAAAAAAUUGAAGAAAUGUUCUGAAUUCUUUCAUAAAUCUUUCAAUAAAAGUAUCAAAUGGCAAGCAUCAA